AAUUUGCCUGCAUGUGAGAUCUUCUCAGAAUCUGAGGACCUUCUCAGAGAUGCAGCUGUCAUCUGGCCAACCAUGCUUCUCAGGGGCACUCCUACUGCUGCUGUCAACCCUCUGGCUGUGGAAGAAUGUCACCUCUGCUCCUGAGUGUCACAGCAAAGAUGCAAGCUGUGAGGUUUCUCUUCAGGAACUGUUUGACAGUGCUAUCAGCCAGUCUAAAAAGAUCCGUGACCUUUCUACUACAAUGUGGUACAUAUUUUUGACCAGGAGCUACAAUUCACAAAGAUUCCAAGAAAGGACGACAAAGGCCAUGAACGACUGCCAUGGUUCUUUCCUUGAGAAUCCAGACACUGAGAAGGAGGUCAAAGAGAUUCAAUCUGAUGUUCUACUGAAUGUGACACUUAGAAUGGUUGGUGCCUGGAACACUGCUCUUCAGCAUUUAACAAAGGAAAUGGGUGGUGUGCUAAGUAUCCCGCCUGCUCUUAGUAUCUUCUCAUUGGCCAAAGAAAUUCAGGAAAAAAACCAAGAACUUCUAGAUGACAUUUAUAGGAUACAGAGGAAGGUUUAUCCUGGAUUUCAAGAAGAUAAGAACUAUCCUGUCUGGUCGGAACUUGCAUCCUUGCAGUCGACAGAAGAAAACUCACGUUUUCUUGCUGCUUAUAAUCUGGUGGAAUGCCUUUAUUUUGAUAUGUAUGACAUUAAGGAUAAUCUCAAUCUCUUGAGAUGCUUGAUCAUCCCGAAUAAUAACUGCUAAGCGGACGACCAUCUAUAAACUUCUGACUUGGUUCUCGAUGAUCCACUCUUUGUAGGUUCUUUAUUCUUUAUACAUUUUAGGUAUG